ACGUGCUGAAGACAACGAUGUCUCCGACAGCGGCAGCUGUGUAAUUCGUGAAUAUUCGAGCGCACAAGACUCACUGGUGACCUCUGCUGGGCGGGCUAUGGAAGGCCACGAUGUCACGUUAAAGCAGGCAGGAUGGUUGUUGCAGAGAGACCAGCCUACAGCCGGGCUAUCUUCAAGAUUACUUGGACACCUCUGCUGCUGCUGCUGCUGCUAGUGCCACAGCCUUCACUGCUGGUGCAGGUGGCAUCAUAUGUCCUCCCGGCCACCACGCCGCAUAGCUGCUACGUCUUCAACCACACAGCGGACUGCAGACACCGGCAGCUGUCGCACGUUCCAGACAACCUCCCGACCGAUCUCACCUCCCUGCUUCUGGAGCACAACAGGCUGCAUUCGCUCCAGUCGCACCUUCUCGCUCGCUAUCCUGCCCUCCGCUACCUCGAGGCCGGUUACAACUCCAUCUCGCAGAUAUCGCCGAACGACAACCCGUGCGCCGUGCUGCCCAACCUCGCUGUCCUCUCGAUUCCGCACAACCAGCUGGGCAAGCUGCACAGCGGGGUUUUCGCGAGCUGCUCCGAGCUCACCGAGCUCGACCUGUCCUUCAACACCCUUCAACGGACGUCGGCCGAAGAAAACAUCUUCGCGACGUUGACGAACUUGACGGUGCUGAACAUCACUCACAAUCAUCUGCAGACGGUCAAGAUCGGGACCUUCAAGCAGCUGCCCGAGCUCCGUUACCUGAACUACUCGAACAACAUCAUCCACACACUCAGAGACCAGGACUUCGUGUUCGUGCAGAACGUCAGCUUAUACGCGAUUGACCUGUCCCGUAACCCCCUGCAAACUUUUGCAGAUGGCUGUUUUAAACACGUACUCUUUGACCUGCUGGUGCUGGACUCGACGGCGCUGGGCUCACCCGCCACGAAGCUGACCUCGCUGUGCCAGCAGCUCCAGGGGGCGCCCCUCAAAGCGCUGUCACUUAGGAACGUGCAGCUGCGAUCGGUGAAGUCGCAGUCGUUCCGAUACCUGUCCUCGUGUCCUCUCCUUGCGAGGCUCGACCUGUCCCAUAACGGCCUGACCGCCAUCGACGACGACGCCUUCACGGGGCUGCAAAACCUCGAGGAGCUCGUCUUGGAGGGCAACAAUCUGCUCAAAAUUUCGGGCAACACGUUCAGGGGCCUGAGCGCGCUCAAGUACCUGCACAUGGCCAACAGUUCACGGAGUCUCGGCGCAAUCGGGAAAGAUACUCUGUCUUCCCUGUCCCAGUCACCCCUGCUCUACCUGAAUCUGUCCCGCUCGGGGAUUACGAAAAUUUCCAAAGGCGCCUUUCAGUCCACGCCACUCCUGCAGAGGCUCGACCUAGGGAUGAACAAGCUCAACCAGAGGUUAAUGGGCAACGAAUUCGCCGGGCUGAGCGCCGUGCUGGACAUAUACAUGUCGUACAACACGUACGUGAUGCUCACGUCGGGCUCGUUCGCGAACACACCCUCUCUGCGGCGGCUGUGGCUGUCGCGCACGCGUCUCACCAGCCUCGACUCGGAACGGUCGCCAUUCUACGGCCUCGUCAACCUCACCUACCUCGACCUGAGCAACAACAACAUGAACAAGGUGCUCGGGGACACGUUCCGCGGGCUCGCCGCGCUGCAGACGCUCAAGCUUGGGCACAACAACCUGGCCCGCCUUUGGAAGCACAACAACCCUCCGGUGCUCUAUCUCGACGGGCUGCGGCAGCUGCGCUCGCUGGAGCUGCUGUUCAACGGCUUCGACGAGGUUCCGGCGGCAGCCUUUGCCGGCCUCUCCAACCUUCGCUCGCUCGACAUGAACUCCAACAACAUGGACAAGUUCCCGCCAGGGGUCUUCAACCCGCUGACGAGCCUCGCCUCGCUCGACCUGCGCAGGAACCUCAUCACCGGCGUGCAGGAGGAGGUGUUCGGGGAGGUGUUCGGGCACCUCGACGACCUGUGGUUGGGCACGCGAAACCCGUUCGACUGCACGUGCGACAGCCUUGGCUGGUUCGCCAACUGGCUGCGCAACGCCACCGGAUCCCCGGGGCACGGGCACGUCCACGUGCCGGGCGCCGACACGGAGUACGUCUGCCGGACGCCGCCCAGCUACUUCAACACGUCUGUGCUGGCGUUCGACACCUUGGCGUGCAAGGACCACGCGCCGUUCUUCGUCAUGUACGUGGUCAGCCAGUCGGCGCUGCUGUCCGUCGUCGUCGUGGCGCUGUUCGUCCACUUUCAGGGCUGGCGCUUGGAGUACUUCGCCUCGGUGCUAGUGCACCGCGUGCUUGGCUACGAGUCGCUGCCGUCCGUCAGCGGCGGGGAAGAGGAGGGCCAGGAGGAGGGCGCCGCAAGACGGGCGCAGUACAGCUACGACGUGUUCGUCAUCUGCUCGAGCGAGGACGAGCACUGGACGAGCAGACACCUGGAGCCGCUGGAAGAAGACGGGAUGAAGCUUUGGCUGGAGGAGCGCGACCUGCUGGGCGGAGAGGUGCGCGCCGAAGCGUACAGCACCUGCAUGCACCAGAGCCGGCGGGUGCUGGUCGUCGUCACGAGGGCGCUCUUCCGCGACACCUACUACCGCAAGUUCGCGGUCGCGCAGGCGCAGAAACGCGCCAUCGAGCAGAACCGCGACGACGUUGUGCUGGCGCUGCUGGAGGACAUCCCCGAGUUUGAGCUGCACCACAAGCUGUGCCUGCGCGCCGCCAUGUUCCCGCGCCGCUGCGUCCUCCGCUGGCCCCAGGAUCCCACGCGGCUGCCGCUCUUCCUGCAGCAGCUGCGCGUCGCGCUCGGCAGCGCCUGACGCCCACCCACCCCCCCCGCCCCGCCCCUGGCCCCCUGGCUUGUGUGCCGUCGGGUAAGCUGGCCCCAAAGGUACGACGGUCGAGACCUCGGAUGGGUUCGCUUUGCCCAUUUUUUUCCCCCCGUUCCGAUGAUGCACGUGCGCGUAUGUCAUUCGUUUUUUUUUUUUUUUAAAUCUCCCCGGGGGGUUACGAAAGACCUGAUUUCGGGGGAAUCCGACUUUACGGAAAUGCUCCCGUGAAUCGUGUUAAAAAAAAAAA